CGCUGAUGAACCAAACCACAGCAGCGAGGAGCAUAAGGCCAAGGGUGCCAUGGUUGUACGAAUGAGACUGGAAAGGGAAAAUUGUGAGGACACCUCUUCGGGAUUCGCAUAACGUAUGACAGCUAGUUUACCGACGUGAUCAGAGCAAGAGAUCUAACCAGCCUGGGCCCCCUUAGCUAGUAGCUAAAAAUGAUACUGACUGUAAUUUAGCUAGCUUUAAGAAAGUCUUAUAUUUGUCUUCUAGGUCGAGGUGUUGUAUUGGGAGAGAACCUGCAUUGAGCUCCUGAGGAGCCUAGUUACAUAGCUAGGAAACAUAAAGACCAUGACUCUAUCAGACUUCGUGGAUGCCCUGAAGGACAACCCUUACUUUGGGGCUGGCUUUGGGCUGGUGGGGGUGGGCUCGGCCAUUGCUGUGGCUAGGAAAUCAGCUCAAUUUGGGAUGAUCUUCUUCCGGAGGAACUACAUGAUCACCCUGGAGGUGCCCAGUCGGGACAAGAGUUACCACUGGCUGCUGAGCUGGAUCACCAAGCACGCCAAGCACACGCAGCACUUGAGUGUGGAGACCUCCUACAUGCAGCACGAGAGUGGACGGGUACACACACAGUUUGACUUUCACCCCAGUCCUGGCAACCACAUAAUCUGGUAUGGGAGGAAGUGGAUCCGAGUGGAGAGGACCAGAGAGAAACAGAUGGUGGAUCUCCACACAGGCACUCCCUGGGAGUCUGUCACUUUCACCGCCAUGGGCAGAAACAGAGACGUCUUCUUCAACAUCCUGCAAGAAGCCAGGGAGUUGGCCCUGAAGCAGGAGGAGGGUCGGACGGUGAUGUACACGGCCCUGGGCUCUGAGUGGAGGCCCUUUGGGUUCCCGCGGCGACGACGGCCCCUCAGCUCAGUGGUCCUGGAACAGGGCUUGGCCGAUAGGAUUGUAGAUGACGUGAAGGAGUUCAUCGGAAACCCCAAGUGGUACACAGACCGAGGGAUCCCCUACAGGAGAGGUUAUCUGCUGUAUGGACCUCCAGGCUGUGGGAAAAGCAGCUUCAUCACUGCCCUGGCUGGAGAGCUGGGCUACAGCAUCUGCCUGAUGAGUCUGAGCGACCGCAGCCUGUCUGACGACCGCCUCAACCACCUGCUGAGCGUGGCGCCACAGCAGAGCAUCAUCCUGCUGGAGGACGUGGACGCCGCCUUCGUCAGCCGAGAGCUGCUGCCCAUCGAGAGCCCUCUGGCCUACCAGGGCAUGGGCAGGCUGACCUUCAGUGGCCUCCUCAACGCUCUGGAUGGAGUGGCCUCGUCAGAGGCCAGAAUCGUCUUCAUGACCACCAACUUCAUAGACAGGUUGGACCCAGCUCUGAUCAGGCCGGGCCGUGUGGACUUGAAACAAUAUGUGGGCCACUGCACCCACUGGCAGCUCACCCAGAUGUUCAGACGCUUCUACCCGGCCGAGCCAGCCACAGAGGGGGACCGUUUUGCGGAGAGUGCGCUGGCUGCACACCCCAACAUCAGUGCUGCCCAGGUGCAGGGGCACUUCAUGCUGUUCAAAAUGGACCCGACGGGCUCCAUAGACAACGUGGCCAAGAUGAAGGAGUGAGUAGACGCUAAGGACUCUGGGAAGGAGGGUCACAGAAGAAAUUGCCAUUUGACACGAAAGGAGAAGAUGAAUGGACUCUGUUUGAGACUGAAAAUGCUGUAACUUGUCAACAAUUUUAUGUGUUGUCAUGGGAAUGCUAUUUAUGGCUAAGUCACAUACUGAAUAAAAGUGAGUGAGUGUAAAUUCAACAUGUUUUAAAUCAAAUCAAAGGCACACAAGUAAGUAGGUACUAUUGACAUGGUAUUUACAGUAUGUAGAGAUUCAAAGUAAAAGGGGCGUGGCAUGUAUUAAACUCAGAAUUCUAAGAAUUUCAAAAUUGGUAAUCCAAUGGCAAAUCUGGCUGAGAAGUCAUCCAGUUCCCAGAACCAGAUUUCUAUAUCAAGUCUCAACUCCCUCCUACCGGGACAUGCUGCUGUGCAAAUCAAACACACUUCUUAAAUCCACACUUAAUUUGAUUGAAUAUUGGCAUAAGUCUACCUUCACCUAGGUAGCCUUUCUCAUUGAUUGAUUUGAGAAGUUUCUGUGACAAUCUGUUUUUGGCAACUGCUUAAGUAUUGAUGUCCCUAGUUUAUACAAUACCAUUUUAUUGAUUUGAGGUUGGUUGGUACCUGUAUUACUGAGCUUUGCGAUUGGGAGAAAAGUAAGUACUGCAAUAUUACGAUAUAAUUCCGGUAGAAGCGGAUCCAGUAAUCAUAUAACGCAAUAUUGUAGUAACAGUCAUUGCUCGUAACUGACAAACUCUGAACUGGUCCAAGAUGUAAAGUUAAGCCCCUCUACUUCCUCUAUGUAAGGUUAAGCCCCUCUACUUCCUCUAUGUAAGAUUAAGCUCCACAGAAAGAUACAUUGAGUAGAGAAUUUAAAAAAAUAUGUAUGACUUUUAUUUCUGUAUUUCUUCCUCUCUGUGUCUUUCUUACACAACCUAGCUGACUUCAUUUAAGAAGUGGAGGGGUCUACAGUAUAUUAUGUACAGCAGUUUACAUAGGGGUCACACUGUAAGGACAGAGUGGAGAAAGGGUCGCUGUGUGCUUCACUAUUGUAUUUUUGUCCUUGAUUUACAACAUAAUUGUCUACUUUUGUUUUAUUUUAGAUGAGUGGUUGUAUCAUCUAAUGACAUUUAUGUGUUUUAGUACUAAUUACUGUACAUUCACCUACUCUGGAUACAGUCACAAUGAGGGAUUUUUUUUCAAUAAAUUACCCAGCGGGCUAAGCUGGUUGCCCAAUGUGAUGUUCUGUAGUAAUGUCAGAUUCUCCAUCCAUUUAUCUCCAGCUUCUGGGGCAGGAGGUAGCCUAGCGUUUAGAGAGCGGGCCAGCAACCGUAAGGUUGUUAGUUCGAAUCCUGGGUCUAAUGGGGAAAACUUGUGGGAAGUGAGCUGGCAACCGGAGGGUUGCUCGUAUCCAGUCCUAGAUGCCAUUGAUUGCCGUUGUGCCAUUGAGCAAGGCAAUUAACUUCCCCACAACAACAGCUCCUAGUGUGGCUGCCCCCCACACCUCUCCAAAACCUGUGUAUGUGUGUCUUUCAGAGGGGUUGGGUUAAAAGUGUACGUCAAAUUUCGGUUGGACCUGUGUGCAAUUGACAAAAGAACGGACCUUGAUCUUCUAUCCAUUCAUCCUUUUCCUCACUCUUCAUCUGAUGUCUUGCCAUAUUUCAGUUUCACACUUUUAAUUUAAUUUGGUUAUAAUUAUAUAUUUUUUAUUUUUUUUUCUGAAAUAAGUUAUGUUUUGCCAGGGAGACUUGUGGCUGCUCUAACCCUGCAGUCAAACUGGACUCAGAUAUUCAAAAGAGAGACUGUCAUUUUCAGAUGUGGCAGAAGAUGGAGGAGCCACUGACUGGGACUAUAAAUGGAGAUUUAAUGAUACGUCAGUCAAUUCCAAUACAGAUCAUGAAUACAGAAUCCAUUUUGCUUCA